AUGGAUUCGAAUGAAAAUAUAUCUAAAGAACAAAGUGGACUUCCACUAAGUCCCCAUCAAACCCAACCAGAAAAGGAUUUUGAUGAGAUCGCUCCUGGGGAUGGAAUAUCAACAACAGGGGGUGAUGAAGAGGCAUAUUUGGACAAGAAGGUAGAAGUGGUAGCCGCAAAUGCAUCUAGUGGCUUUGGUUCAAAUCAUAGCAUAAAAGACUCAGCUUCAAUCGGCGAUCUUUCAAAUCCCCAUGAGGCUUCAAUGCAAACAGAAAUGGAAUCACAGCCGCAGAGUAAAGGCCUAUUGCCAUCCGAAGACCUCAGCCAGCAAUUAGAGACCGAAGAAUCGAAAGUUGAAGAGGCUCUAAAAAAAAUAACCUCGCCUCCAUUACCACCAAGGGUUGACCAUAUUGAAAAGUCCACACCAGCUCUUAAAUCUUCGUCGCCUCCAGUACCAGCAAGGAAUGAAAACGAUCAAGCCUCCACUAAUCAACCACAGUUACCCCCAAGGCAGGUCGUUAAUGCGGAAACUCUUCAUUUGAAGGCGCCUCAUGAUAAUACGAUUUCCUCCAUACCAUCAAUGAAUACUGUAGGUAAUUCUCCUUCACCAGCACCCCCAACCUUACCACCACGCCGUAUAGAAAAUCCCCUAGACUUAGCUGCUCACACGCAUUUCCUAGCGAGUACAUAUAAGAAAAAUAUUCUCUUUUAUAAAAGCGAAGAUAACUCAAUCAAAAGUGAUUUGGAUAAAAACAUACUAGGUUUGAAAGAAGACUCAAAGAAAAUUGACCCCCACGAAAUACCUGGAGAGGUUACUUCAUUUUGGUUGAAAGCUAUAAAUGACUAUCAACACAUCUUAUUAAACGAUAUCGAAACCUUACACAUCCAACUAUCUCGCGGUAUACCAGCCGCCUAUCGUUUGGUAGUCUGGCAGUUAGUAAGUUACGCAAAAUCCAAAUCCUUUGAACCUAUAUAUGAAACUUAUCUAACGGAAGAAGCACCCUUUGACGCCCAGGAAUUUGAAGAUCAGCUAAACGAGAUGGACGGUGUACCUUCUGCAAACGUAAAAGGCAUAGGUAAUGUUUUAAAGGCUUAUUUGCUUUUUGACCCUGAAUGUGAGUUUUCUAUCGAUAUGGCUUAUAUUAUUAAUAUGAUUUUUGACGUUUGCGAGAAGGAAGCAAAUGCAUUUGGUCUAUUUGUCCGUUUAAUGAAAGUUUAUGGUUUAAGACUCUUGUUCCUACCAAACGCUUCUGAUAUCGAUAUUCUUUGCUAUAAAUUUGAUAGACUUGUGGAAGAAUUAUAUCCCGAAAUCCAUAACCACAUGGUUGAGAAAGGAGUCCGUUCUUCUAUGUUUUUGCCUAGUUUCUUCACGACACUCUUUCAAAGAAAACUUCCCAUUGAAAUUCAACCACGUAUCGGUGAUAUGGUAUUUUUAGAAAGUCUUGACUCUAUUAUGGGAAUUCUAGCUACACUUUUAUCAAAUUCCCGAGACCAAUUGUUAAAAAUGGGUUUUGACGAUAUGCUGGAGUUAUUAAAAUCAGGUCUCUUAGAUGCCUAUAUUAAUCAGAAUGACACUCUUUCCUCGAACGACUGUAUGGAUAGAUUGCUACAAGAUGCUAUGACGAAAGUAGAAAUCACACCAAAGACUAUGAAGAAAUAUGCUUCUGAAUAUGAGGAAAUUCAUAGAUUGGACAACGAAAGAGAAGUGCAAUAUAAAUCUAUCACAGAAAAAAAUCUGCAUUUACAAAAGCAUGUACGUAAAUUGGAAGAUGAAUACACUUCUUUAAAUAGGGAACAUGUGACAAUUGCGAACGAGUUAGUGAAAAAUCGACUCAAUAUUGAGUAUAUAUUGAAUGAAAAUAAUGGGUACAAACUUCAAAUUCUGGACUUAAAGAAAAAGUUGGAUUCGGAAAAAAAGAAGCAAGUUUCACGUGUAUAUGUGCCCAAUGAUUUAAAGAAGGAUUUGGAAGAGACAAUGAAAAAGAACACGCAAGUAAUGGACGAGAAUUUGAAAUUGCAGGACAGGAUUUCAGAACUAGAAAGGCUUGUUGAAACAAUUAAAACUGCGAACAAAAAUGGUACCCUAUUCGAAUAUUCUAACUCUAAAUAUCAUCCUCUAGGAGUCCGUUGGUCAGGAUUUAGAAAGGUUUUUAAAUAG